ACUCUGCACUGCUUUCGUGUACAGGGUGAUGAAUGGCCUCGGCACACUGGCCACUAUCUGGGCGACCGUCGUUCUGCUCGGUGGAUUCUCCACCCUCGUCAAGAAGCAGGAUUUCUGGUACGUCACCGUCAUCGCCUUCGUCCAAUCCAUCGGGAUUUUGGGUGGUUACGAGGAUCCUGCACAUCAAAUUUUCUUGCACGCACCAGAAGCACUAAUAAAGAACAGGGAGGCCGAAGCUUGGGAGCGACGAAAGAGUUGGUGGAGGCGCAGAGGAACACAGCAGCAGCAGCAACAACAACCCAGAGGAAGGCCCAGAAGAAGAAAACAAGAGGAGAAAGCACGGAAGUGGUGCGACGACAUCUAUGGGUUCCAAGCCUUCCUUGGGAUUGCCAUCUACGUCGCCAUGUGGUUGGGCAAGGUCGCCGCUGUGGCCACCUGCAUAGCUCUAUCCUCGAAGCGUCUCGAGAAGCAAGACUAUCUGGAAUCCGGGGACAAUGAGAAAGGUGACCACCAGAACAUCAGGUGGUCCCUCAAUAUCUUCUACAGUCUGGUGCUUGCCCAGGGAAUCAUCUUCAUCUGCAUGCUACUGAACCCACUGACUGUUUAUUUUGUGCUUAAGGUCCGAAGGAAGUACAAGCUAUUUGAGCCCUCUGGUCUCAAGAUAAUCUACCGUUACAAGAAGUACAAUUACCUGGGGUUCAUUGCUGGCAAUGUACGUGCCACCCUCAACAUGCACCUGGUCACCUUUGCCAAGAAUUUGGCAGUGUCCAACACGAUCGAUGACCAGUUAGCUGGUGUUCGGGCCAUGGACCGCAUCCUCAUGUCAGUGGAGUUUAGAAGCCUGGCCCUUAGGAGGCUUCGAGCUUCCAUGGAACCCGACGAUUUGGGGAAGCUGAUCGAUAUGCUAGGCUUCGUCAGUACCAUGGAGGAGGAACAGAAUAUCAUCAGAGGCCAUGCUGCAAGAGUUGUGCUCAAAUUCAGUCCUGACCUUAUGCUUCAGAGUUAUCCUCAAAUCCUCUACCUCAUUUCCUCUUCCCUGCUCAGCACAUCCAACAAGAGGGUGUGCAAGUGCAACAUGGACUCUGACUUAGUCUGGUUUGGCCUGCACAUCCUGGACAAGCUCACGGACAACCCAGAAAAUUGCAGGAAAGCCAAAGACGAUGACAGUGAUCUAUUAUUGCCCAUGAUUAUAGACCUAGCCAACCUUUGUGGACAUGGUCAUGGCAACAGCGUAAGGAGUAACACUACCAUUUCUGACUCUUGGAUUGAACAAGAGAUUAUUCCUUUGCUUCAAAAAGAAGAUGAUAUUCCUCUUCCUUUCAUCAACAAGAUUGACCAAGAAAUUAUUGUUGGCAUGGCACUCAACAUCUUGAGCAAGCUGAUCGCUGUGCCGGGUGAGGCUGGGGAAAAACUAAGGAAAGAAACCUCAAAAGACUUGCACUUCCUGACAAACACUGGGAUGAUCAUGGAGCAUGUCGAAGCAACAAGAGUCAUAUCAUGCUUAGCUGUGGAUAAGGAAGCACGGCAAGACAUUGGCAAGUUGCCUGAGAUCAUCAAGAAACUUAAGGAUUGUCUACUUUCCAAGACACCAUAUGUAAAUAUGACGAAAGUAGCUGCCAAGUUGUUGCUUAUGGAGUACACCAGUGAGGAAUUAUUAAACCGUGUUCUGCUUUUCAUCGAGGAAAAUCGUACUGUAGAAGAUCAAAGCUUUUCACUACCAAUUUCAGCCUUCAUAGAAGAACUUUAUCUUGAUCAACUUCCCCAGAGCGUGGUACAGAGACUUGAUCUGGAAGAUGUACUUUCCUCGCCACGGGUGAAUCACUCUGAAGCAGCUGCUAAAGCAUUAAUUCUGCUCACUACAGGAUGUGAAAACAAUGUUGAAGCUUUCCUAAAAGGGAUCAAUGAAAAGGAGUUGAACAAGAUAGUGAAUGUGCUCUCUUCAGAAGACAGAGAUAAAGAAAAGAGAAGGGCGCUGGCACAAUUUGAAGGACGACAUCAUCUGGACCCAGAAACAUUGCGCAUAGUCAAAAAAAUAAUCUUGGCUGAGGGUGAAGAACAGGAAACAAGUAUGCAUGCAAAACUCCUGCAGAAUUUGCGUGCCUACUCAGGACCAAAAGAAUUUGAUGAGUACAUGAAAUUAAUAGAUGCAGCACUGCCAAAGGUGCUCAAAGCAGUCGUAGAUGCAGUGGCGACUUUGGAGGAUCCAUCAUCAUCAGAAAAUCUGAACCAUGUAAAGGAUGACCUGUGGAUCAAACAAGGCAAAGUACUAGAGAGCUUUAUAGGCCUCGCAGUGCAGAUUUGUAGGUCCCCGAACGCAACGAGUGAUUUCUCCACUGCACUAAAAGAUGCCAAUCUUACUGUGCACACAUUCAUCAAGAAGCUUAAGAAGAUAUUAGAAGUCUACAGGUCUCCAAGUACUGAUUUUCCAUGCAUAAGGGUAUCCACACUUGAGUUAAUUACUUGGAUGGUCGAAGAAAACAGCAGCUACAGGGAAAUACUCCUAAAAUGUGGAAUAUAUGAGGAACUGAAUGAAGUGGCAAGGACUGCUAGAAAACUUGAGAGCUUCAAGCUGUUUCACUGCGGUGUUGGGAUUCCUACGGAUGGUCCAAUUGAAUGCAUCUCUUCCCGCGCAACUGAAUUACAAGAAAAGCUUCAGCAAAGCCCCAAUUUUGAGAAAAGAUACAUCUGCUAUGGAGAACAUGCAAGCAGCAUAUCUGUUUUAAUUGCUUAGAACAGUCAUUUGCUUGGUUCUUUCUGACCACCAACACCAUCAUCAUCCUUUUGUGUUUGUGCCAACCAAAUUUCGUGUUUGAGUGCUUGUGUUUUCAUUUGCUUGGUUAUUUCUGACCACCAACAUCAUCACCAUCCUUUUGUGUUUGUGCCAACCAAAAUUCGUGUCUGAGUGCUUGUGUUUUCAUUUGGAUAGUGUGUCGGAAUGGUUGUGUUUUUAAACCCAGUGUCAGAAUUUUGUGAGACUAUAAUAAUUUCCAUGGAUACCAUCAAAUCACCAUGGCAUGCUACAAGGUUGUGCAAGUUUCUUGUAUGUUCGUAUGAUUUUUUUUUCUGCAAAAUAUCCAUCACAAAACACCAUAUCAAUAACCUCAUAUCAUAGAUGAACUCACCGACAUUGUAACUAGUGUGUCUACCUUGUUUCAUAUCGACCAUGUUCAACUGCGUGUGCCCUAAAGAAUGAGGCGAUCAAGCAAAUUCGCAGUAUAAUAUUCAAGCAUGAUCCAAACAGAGCCGUAAAGCUAAUCCGCACCAGAUAUUCCCUAAACCAUGAUUAAGCCACCAAAUAAACCAAGGAGACCAUCAAAAAGUUGAUUUACACGCAUCGCAUUCAUAGCGCGCAGAAAUCCUCAGAUAGAUUUUCCCCUCCUCCGCUAUUUAGAAUUUCAUACAUUAGGUUAGAUUAACUAACUACAACCAGGCACAAACUUUCCAACCCAGCAGCAUCCUCCAAUCUAGCUUGGAACCAAAUCGGUAACUCGCCCAAAAAUAAAAAGGGGGCAAAAAUGCAGCGAGGAGGAGAGGAUG